AUGGAUUCCCCAUACCCUCGAUGGGAGCCUACCAUCCUAUGUGUUGGAUUGGUAUGUCGUGAUAUAACUGUAGAAGUACCUACCUAUCCUCGACCUGAUAGUAAGAUGAUGCCCGAUGAGAUACCUAUGAUGAAGUUUCAACACUACUGGGAUUCAACACAAGUAUCAUGCCUCUACCUUGAUGGUAGAUUCCCCUAUGUUGCUGAGGUAUAUGCUAUUGAGGCGUCACAGAGGAAGGUACCUAUAGUCAUGGAUGUUGAACGGGCCGAUAGAGACAAGCUGAAUGAACUAUUAGUACUCUGUACUGGUAUUGUUGUUAGUGGUUAUCAUACUCUUACUGAGGUAGAGGAUACACUAUAUGGUGGGGUAAACCUCUUUGAUAAAUGUUCUAAUCUAGAGUGGAUGGUAGUGACUAUGGGUAAGGAUGGUGCUGAAAUGAUAUUAAGGCAAGAUAGGAAGAAGAGGGAGAGGAUACCACCACAUGUGGUUGAUGAUGUUGUUGAUACUACUGGUGCUGGUGACGCCUUCCAAGCCGGUUUAGUGUAUUCCAUGUGUAAAAGGAGAAUGCAACAACAAGAGAAGGAGACUGACGUAUGA